CAUCGCACAAAGCGUGAUACGAUGAGAAACGUCAAAAUCAUCCGGUUUCUGUUUCCAUUUCGCUGAUGCCGUUAGUGUUACUACUGGCGACCGAUUUGUUUUGGUUUGCAACUUUUAGAACGUAAGCAUGGAAUCGGCACCGCGCGAGCUUUCUAUGGCUGAAAUUCGCAAUUUCAUGCUGAAAAACAACUGCAAAGUGACCAAUCACGCCUUGGUGAAACAUUUUCGUGCCUUCCUGACCAAUAAAGAAACGCAAGAAGAAGCGAGGAAACUCUUCAAGAGCUACGUCAACACACUAGCGUCAAUCAAAAACGAAGGUAACGAAAAGUAUCUGAUUUUACGAAAAAAGUAUGUCACCGAGUGUCCAAGUGAGGAUGCGCUUAAUACUAGCUACCCGAUGAGCCCGGGUUCGCGCUCUCUGACGACAGUACCGUCCGAUAACGAGAGUUCGCCAUUCAAACUACCUCCACCAUAUCGGCCACCGCCUGAAGUUCCGGAAAUAAAUAGUACUUAUCCGUAUCAAGGGAGUCCCCGUGGAAGCAUAGCUUUGUCGCGCAAAAACAGCUCCGAUGCUGGUCGUAGUGGUUCUGAGUAUAGUUUCGGUAGUGAAGUGAUGAGUUCGAUUGAUUCGCGUAAAAUCGGUUCUGUUGUAGUGCGAGCUGACAGUAGUGAUUUGCGUAAUCUGCCCGAAGUGACCCGGAAGGCAAGUGUAGAGUUAUACCGUUUUGAUGCCCAGGAAGAACCGGCACCGGCGAUACCACCACGGAAGCGCUCCAGUGUCGAUCAUUCCAAUUCUAGGCAGAGCUCUGCUGAAGAGAAAAUUCCAGAUCCGGUGAAAAGUGGUUCGUUUGAUGCAGUUACAGUUGAUACAGAAUCAAAUAAGGAAAACAAUGCUCAGAGUGAACCUGCAAGUAAAAAUGAGGCAACUAUUAGCGCGGAACAGCAGGAAGAAAAUAAACUGAGUGUUAAGGAGAAAAUGUUGAAAUUUAAUCGUUUUGCCUCCGAGGAAGAAGCCAAGAUUCCUUCGCCAAUUGGGAAAAAGAAACCGGAAAAGAAUCCGGAUGAAUCACUCAGCACGGAAAGUUUGGCGCAGCAUCCAAAGGCGAAAGAGUGGAUGAUUGCAGCAGCUAACGCAAAUUACCAGGAGCUGGCCAAGCUCUCGACCGACCAUCCGCAUCUGGUCAAGUUGCAGGAUUUGAGCACGGUAAGUAACAUGCAGUGACACAAUCGAAACU